GAAUCGUUGCCAAUAAAUAAUUAUUUAAAUUAUUUGAUUGAUAAUCUCUUGUCGUCUAAAUUCGUCAAAGCCGAAUUGCCCCAUUUCUGACAAACGUCAAUGGUAAUUUACAUAAACAAUGGUUAAAGAUAACGUCACGUGUAUACAUACAUAUGUGGAGAUCGGAACUCGCGAUUCUUAUCAAAGAGAAUCUUUCAUCCUUUUGUUUUGAGAUUGAUUAUGAUUUGUGAACCCAACAGUGACUGCUUCGACUUCGACGUUCUGCUUCAGUGCUUUGCCGAGUUGGAUUCUACCCAAAAGUCUCCUUUUUAUACAACUAUUUAUGCAGUUAGGCGUUACUUAGAUUAUUGGGAAAGCUCCAAUUUUGGGUUGUCUUUUUGGAACAAUCACGAAGCAAAAGGUUUGGGUAUUCAAGAAGAUGGGUUUUGAGGCAUUGACUUGGUAUUGCAAGCCAGUUGCAGAAGGAUUUUGGGAAAAGGAAGUGGAUGGCGCUUUUGGCGCCUACACGCCUUGCGCGAUUGACUCAUUAGUGAUGCUCGUUUCUCACUUUGUGCUUCUGGGUUUGUGUUUCUACCGGAUAUGGAUCAUCUUCCACAAUACCAAAGCACAGAUAUAUGUUCUGAGGAAGAAGUACUAUAACUGUGUGCUUGGGAUUAUGGCUUGUUACUGUGUUGUUGAGCCUGUACUGAGAUUGGUCAUGGGGAUUUCACUCUUUGACAUGGACGGAGAGACUGAACUUCCUCCCUUUGAGGUGGCAUCUUUAAUUGUUGAGGCAUUUGCUUGGUUAUCCAUGCUUGCUUUGAUUGGGCUUGAAACCAAACAAUAUGUCAAAGAGUUCCGAUGGUACGUGAGAUUUGGUGUUGUUUAUGUUUUGGUUGCUGAUGCUGUGCUGCUGGACCUUGUGUUGCCUCUCAACAACUCCAUCAACAGAACUGCCCUACAUCUCUGUAUCAGUUCAAGAUGCUCCCAGGCUCUUUUUGGAAUUCUUCUUCUUGUUUACAUCCCGGAACUGGAUCCUUAUCCAGGGAUAUACUUUGGCUGGAUCACGCCGCUUAUGCAGUUAGGCUACAGAAAACCCAUAACUGAAAAGGAUGUGUGGCAACUAGACAAAUGGGACCAAACAGAAACUCUGAUCAGAAGAUUCCAAAGAUCCUGGACAGAAGAAUCACAGAGACGAAAGCCGUGGCUUCUCCGAGCACUGAAUAGUAGCCUUGGUGGAAGGUUCUGGUUGGGUGGUAUUUUUAAGUCAAUGCAAGAAGGUGAUCCAGCCUGGGUUGGCUAUGUGUAUGCUUUCUUGAUUUUCGUUGGAGUGACACUUGGAGUGCUCUGUGAAGCUCAGUACUAUCAGAAUGUUUGGCGUGUGGGAUUUCGGUUGAGAUCAACUUUGGUUGCAGCUAUAUUCCACAAAUCUUUAAGACUAACUCAUGAAGCUCGCAAAAAUUUUGCAUCUGGGAAGGUCACAAACAUGAUAACUACAGAUGCUAAUGCGCUACAGCAAAUAUCACAACAGCUCCAUGGCUUAUGGUCAGCUCCUUUUCGAAUCAUUGUGUCUAUGGUUCUUCUCUACCAACAACUAGGAGUUGCUUCGCUUUUCGGUUCAUUGAUUCUGUUUCUCCUAAUUCCUCUCCAGACUCUAAUUAUAAGCAAAAUGCGGAAACUUACUAAAGAAGGACUCCAGUGGACUGACAAAAGAGUUGGUAUCAUGAAUGAGAUUUUGGCAUCCAUGGAUACUGUAAAAUGCUAUGCAUGGGAGAAGAGCUUUGAGUCCCGGAUUCAAGGAAUUAGAAACGAAGAGCUCUCAUGGUUUCGCAAAGCACAGUUACUAUCGGCUUUUAACAGUUUUAUACUGAACAGCAUCCCGGUAGUUGUGACUGUGGUUUCAUUUGGGGUUUUCGUUCUGCUUGGAGGAGAUUUGACACCAGCAAGGGCAUUCACAUCUCUUUCUCUUUUCGCAGUUUUAAGAUUUCCUCUCAACAUGUUACCAAAUCUACUAAGUCAGGUUGUCAACGCAAAUGUUUCACUGCAACGCAUUGAGGAACUACUUCUAAGUGAAGAGAGAAUUCUAGCACAAAACCCACCUCUUCAACCAGGAGCUCCGGCCAUUUCAAUUAAGAAUGGAUUUUUUUCAUGGGAUUCAAAGACAACCAAGCCCACAUUAUCCAAUAUCAAUUUGGAGAUACCGGUUGGAAGCUUGGUUGCUGUUGUGGGUGGAACCGGAGAAGGUAAGACAUCACUUGUUUCGGCAAUGUUGGGAGAGUUAUCUCAUGAUGAAACCUCAAGCGUUGUUAUUAGAGGCUCCGUAGCUUAUGUUCCUCAGGUUUCAUGGAUCUUCAAUGCCACUGUGCGUGAUAACAUUUUAUUCGGGUCGGAUUUUGAAGCGGACAGAUAUUGGAAGGCUAUUGAUUCGACCGCCUUACAGCACGAUCUUGAUUUGCUUCCGGGGCGUGAUCUUACAGAGAUUGGAGAACGUGGGGUGAACAUUAGUGGAGGGCAGAAGCAGAGAGUUUCAAUGGCUAGGGCAGUCUACUCAAAUUCAGAUGUUUACAUAUUCGAUGAUCCUUUGAGUGCUUUAGAUGCUCAUGUUGCUCAGCAGGUCUUUGAUAGCUGCAUGAAAGAUGAGCUGAAGGGGAAAACGAGGGUGCUUGUCACAAAUCAGCUACAUUUUCUUCCUUUGAUGGAUAAAAUAAUUUUAGUCUCCGAGGGAAUGAUCAAAGAGGAGGGAACCUUUGAAGACUUGUCAAAAAAUGGGAGUUUGUUCCAGAAACUAAUGGAGAAUGCUGGGAAAAUGGAUGCAACCCAAGCGAUGAAUAAAAAUGACAGGAAGAUCUCCAAGCCGAGUCCUACUCUCACUGCUGAUGUGAGUGAAAGAAAUUUUGGCAGUACCAAGCAAGGAAAACGAGGAAGAUCAGUGCUUGUAAAGCAAGAAGAACGGGAAACUGGCAUCAUUAGUUGGAAUGUUUUGAUGAGGUAUAAAAAGGCAGUAGGAGGCUUAUGGGUGGUUAUGAUUCUCUUUGCAUGCUAUUUAACAACGGAAGUUCUCCGAGUUUCAAGUAGCACAUGGUUAAGCUUUUGGACCGACCAAAGCACGUCAAAGAAUUAUAGUCCUGGGUUCUACAUUAUCGUGUACGCUCUUCUCGGAUUCGGUCAGGUUGCUGUGACGUUUACCAACUCUUUUUGGCUGAUCACAUCAAGUUUGCAUGCCGCUAAAAGACUCCAUGACGCAAUGCUGAAUUCUAUUAUGCGAGCUCCUAUGCUCUUCUUCCACACAAACCCAACUGGGCGUGUAAUAAACAGGUUUUCUAAGGAUAUCGGUGAUAUAGACAGAAAUGUCGCCAACCUGAUGAAUAUGUUCAUGAACCAGCUGUGGCAACUCCUCUCGACGUUUGCUCUUAUAGGUACUGUGAGUACUAUUUCACUGUGGGCAAUAAUGCCACUCCUUAUACUGUUUUAUGCAGCAUACCUCUACUAUCAGAGCACAUCCCGUGAAGUUAAACGUUUGGAUUCCGUUACAAGAUCACCUAUCUAUGCUCAAUUUGGAGAAGCACUGAAUGGUUUGUCAAGCAUCCGAGCCUAUAAAGCCUAUGAGCGGAUGGCCAAGAUUAAUGGAAAAUCCAUGGACAACAACAUAAGGUUCACUCUUGCAAAUACUAGCUCAAAUCGUUGGCUCACUAUAAGACUGGAGACUCUUGGGGGUGUCAUGAUUUGGUUAACUGCAACCUUUGCGGUUUUGCGAAACGGGAAUGCAGAGAACCCAGCUAGUUUUGCAUCUACGAUGGGUCUCCUUCUUAGUUACACUCUGAAUAUCACUACUCUGCUAAGUGGUGUUCUAAGGCAAGCUAGCAGAGCAGAGAACAGCUUGAAUUCUGUUGAACGUGUCGGUAACUACAUUGAUCUUCCUUCCGAGGCUUCAGAUGUAAUCGAGAACAACCGUCCAGUGCCUGGAUGGCCUUCAAGAGGAUCAAUCAAGUUUGAAGACGUUCACUUGCGUUACAGACCCGGGCUUCCUCCAGUACUGCAUGGACUGUCCUUUUUUGUCUCUCCAAGUGAGAAAGUAGGAGUGGUGGGAAGAACUGGGGCAGGGAAGUCUUCCAUGCUUAAUGCAUUGUUUCGGAUUGUGGAAGUGGAAAAGGGAAGAAUCAUGAUUGAUGAUUGUGAUGUGGCGAAGUUCGGACUGACGGAUUUGCGCAGGGUCCUGAGUAUCAUACCACAAUCACCAGUUCUUUUCUCAGGGACGGUGAGAUUCAAUAUUGACCCAUUUAGUGAGCACAAUGAUGCUGACCUCUGGGAGGCUUUACAAAGAGCGCAUAUAAAAGAUGUCAUCACCAGGAAUCCUUUUGGCCUAGAUGCAGAGGUCUCUGAGGGAGGUGAGAAUUUCAGCGUAGGGCAAAGGCAACUUCUGAGUCUAGCGCGUGCGUUGCUAAGAAGAUCUAAGAUCCUUGUUCUGGAUGAAGCAACUGCAUCUGUUGAUGUCAGAACAGAUUCUCUGAUACAGAAGACCAUCCGUGAGGAAUUUAAGUCUUGCACAAUGCUUGUCAUCGCUCACAGAUUGAAUACCAUCAUCGAUUGUGACAAGAUCCUCGUGCUUAGUUCUGGUCAGGUUUUGGAGUAUGAUAGUCCACAAGAACUGCUAUCAAGAGAUACAAGUGCCUUCUUUAGGAUGGUUCACAGCACCGGACCAGCAAAUGCUCAGUACCUCUGUAACUUGGUCUCUGAAAGGAUAGGAAAUGGAAUGAGACUAGAGUCCCUAAGUUACAAGGUGAUAGUCUUAUGCUUAACAGCUGAAGGACUUUGCUACAUUGGUGAGUUUAGAAGGCAGAAGACUGGGACAUGGAAGAAAACUUUUACAAGCAUAUGAUUACUUUUCCCCGGUUUUGGGGUAAUGAGUUUUAAACAGUAUAUAUCAUCUAUAUAAGAGAUUCUUGUAAAGUAUCAAUUACCAAGUGUUUAUUACAAAGACUUUACAAAAUUUAUGAUCUGAAACAAUGUAUACAAGUUAGCCGAGUAUUUUUGGUAAUAUAUAAAUUAAAUAAACUUUAAAAGCAGACAAACCA